AUGCCAAAGCGUAAAAUGAUUUUUCGUCGUUCUUGCAGAAUAUACUACAAAAUAAUGGCAACGUCAAAAAGUAUAAGAGAACCAAGAAGAAAAAUUCGUAAUGAAAUAUCCAAAAAUGCCAUGCGAAAUUUGUGUGAAAAAAUAAAAUCAAAUCCCCUAUUACACGAAGAAGAAAAAAGGAAAGCAAGAGAACGAUACCAAGCAAGAAAGGAAACAGGAAAAGUACAUCUAAUUUCAGCAGUUUCUGAACGAGAAAAAAGAAAAAUUAGAAAAGGGUGGAGAGAAAGAAGCAAAAAAGCAUAUUAUGCGAAAAAGGGGAAGGAAAAUCUAAUGGCAAUGUUUAAUUCCAUGACGCCGCCUAAUUCUCCAUUGCCAGAGGAAAUCGUAGCGGAAGAAAACAAUCCAUAUCCUCCGGAUCCAUUCGCUGGCCCUUCAUGCCAGUUUUUAAAAGGGAAACUGUUACAAAGAAAAAACCGAGAAAAAAUGAGGACAGAAAUAGAACAAUUAAAGAAGCAAUUAGAGGUUGCAAAUAGAAAGGCGGAAAAAUGUAAAAAAAGAUUAGCGAGAUUAAAGAAGAAAGGGCCAAAUAAUCCAACAAAAAGAGUUCAUGAUAUGUUGCAGGGUCAGGAAGUUACCCCGGAAGUGAAGAGAAAACUUGUCAUUGCAGAGGUUGUUCAGAAACAAAUUAAAAGCAAUUUUAGAGAACAGAAGACAGUUGGGGAUAAGCAACGAUUUAUAAACUGCAUUUCUGGAGAUAUCGUAAAAAAAUAUAAAUAUAGAAAAUUAAUAGGAUUCAUUAGUUCCUAA